UGUUGUUGCCUCAGAUGAAUAGAUGAAGUUAUGCUGAAACAGUAAGCUCUUAGAAGUCUUGUUUGCCAGCUGGGACCAUGUCAGUAUGUCAGAAGAUGGUUUCGAGGCGGUUGUAUCUGCUCCUUGCCGAAACAGUGCUUCUACUAGUCCUAGGAUAUACGUUUUUCCAAACUACCGGAACAGAAAAUCAGUCACCUAUUAAUCAUGAUCAGGCAGUCAGCACUAAGGGUCUCCUUACAAUGGCUCAAUACGGCGUUCCUCGGGAUGCGACCCAUCCAGAAAACGUUAAUAAAGUUGACAAAUACAUCAUAUACACAUGUAACGACGAAAGCUGCGGUGGACUAGCAGACAGACAGGAGGGCAUUAUCACCUCUUAUAUUCUUUCUCAGAUGUUGAAACGGAACUUUGGCUUGUCAAUGGAGAGACCAUGUAAUUUUUCAAAUUAUGUUAUUCCAAAUUUGGUCGAGUGGCAAAUAGAUGAGAACAUGCUUAAAAACCGGAGCCGGGAAAAGAAAGUAUGCAUGAAUGGCCUCGCUUGUGGAAGGAAGAUGAAGCAAAGUGACCUGGAAAAGAUGUUUGACAAGGAUGUGACUUUUUAUAAAGGUAAUAUUGACUAUGUGCCUUUCCUCAUGGACAAUCCUCUCUUUGGUACAGUGCAAUGGGCGCAGAACAAAAGUCAUCAUGAGAUAUACAGAAUUGCAUUUUCACAGUUAUUUAAGUUAUCGCCAAGUACCAUGAGUAAAUAUGAAUCUUUCAAUGACAAAGCCAGGAAGGAGUCUGGAAAACUAUUCUGUGCACACCUGAGAAUUGGGAAAUCUAAAAACAUGCCUACUGAUAGAUUUAGAACUGAUGAUCGACCAGAUCCGAUUACCUUAAUCCAGUUUCUGAAGAAAAAGCUUCAAGAUUUUCCUUCAAGUAAAUUGUUCAUAGCCACAGACAAUGAUGAGGUCAGGUUUCAGUUUAAAGACGCCUUUCCAUUAACUUUUUUAGACAUUAAAGGCAAUAUCACUCAUAUCGACCAAAGUGGACGUAAUGAUUGUUCGGGGUUUGAGAAAGGUAUUUUAGAUCAAUAUGUCCUGACGACUUGUGAUACUCUUGUUAUAUCAGACAGCGGCUUCAGCCGGACUGCGGCUGUUGUAAGGGGUACAGAUAACAAUUUAUUCAUUAUAUACCAGAAAAUUAUUACACAAAUCAAACGUAUGAACCCUUCCAGAGCAAAAUAUUAAAAAAAACUAUGGAUAUAAAGAAAGCCUUCUACAUUUCAUCCAGAUGCCAUUUUCGGGCACUAAAACCGACGGAGCCAACAUGUUCACUGGUUACAUAAGGUGAGGUGAAAUGGGGUUUAACGUCGCGUCAAAGA